AUGGUGAAGGACGCCAAUGCAGAAUAUAGGCUUGAUGACGGGGGAGCGAUUGAAAGUUAUUCACUGAAAUUUUCGGAAAUCACCGGCAACUUUUCAAGCGCAACUUAUCUGAUUCACACAAGCACGAACCCUUUGACUGAUAACAAAACUCUCCAACAGUUCAUUGAGGAUCCUGUAGGACCGGAAUCCGCAGGUGAUGACAGCUUUAAAAAAUUGUCGAAAGGCCUUGCCUCGGUGAGAUGUGGGAAUGUAUGGAGCCAUUCAAAAACCAUCCGGGGCUCAGCUUCUGAUUUCUUCGAAUCCCAAGUGUUUCGCCCGCAUGAAUACCUUAGCGAACUGGUGCAUAUCUUUCAUCCGUAUCUGAAAACAAAGAAAGAUGAAGAUCUCAUAUGGUCAUACAGCCUAGGGGAAGCACCUGAGCAAGUCGUCGGUUCCAAGUGUCCAUUUACUAACCUAGCUGGUGACCCUCCCGAGGGACGGCAAUACGUGGACCACGAAUUCAAGGUAUCUAGCCUCACUCGAUUCGAAAUAGAGGAUAAAACCGAGUCAGAGAUCUUGCCGAAGCUGCGAAGUGCAACGGACCUUGAUGGCAACUUCGUAGAAUUGUUUUUCAAAUCCGCAAGGGCCACCAGUGGCGAGGAUACAAAAUUCACAGUGCGGCUGGCCGUCAAAAAAGAAGAUGCGGAAGAUUUUGAGAGUUCCGAUCCAAUGUUGAAAGCUCUGCGGGAAUCCAUGGGCGAAGAUGUGGCGUUGGUCGACGGGGAAGAAGAGGAAAGUGAUAGUGGGGGUAUAGGAGGGUGGGGUAUUGCGGCUAUUGUGGUCUCUAUUGUGGUGUUGAUCGCAGUGGUUGGAUUCUGCGCGCUGUCACGGCGGAGGAAACGAGGUGCUGCUCCGGCUAAUGGCAAUUGGGCCAGUGCUGAAGCAGUGGGCGGAUCUGACGAAUACGUGCCAAUGACGGCUGUGUGA